GACAACUGUUGAUCGUGCACAUUGACGUUGCAAGCGACAGUGUCGUGCUAUUUCUUGAGUUUAUUAUGGUUUAUAAAAAAAUAAAUUGAGCCGUUAAUCUGUGUAGUUAAAGUUCGCGUCUCGUACAUCUGUGUCUUGCACGCAUGUCUCAAUAUAAUGCUUGUCUUCUCCAUUGAAUGUUUUUGAAGGUGCAAUGGAGCCCCCAAUUCUAAAUAUUCCUGGUGAAUUAUCAUUUGUUUUACAAGCUGGAAUUUUGCGCGACACAGUAACAGUCAAUGUAAAUGAUUUUACAUUGGAUAAAUUGAAAGAAUUAGCUUGUAAUUUUGUUGAUAAAAGGUUUCCUGACCAUGGGAUUAAUAAACUUGAUCAACGACUGAUUUUCUUCCGUCAUGAUUAUAAUUUUGAAAAUAUUUUGUCACCUAUUCUUUCAGCAUCAGAAAUAAUAGAAAAUUCCUUAAUUGAAAUUGUCCUGUCAGGAAAUCUGGCAUCAGAUGAUUCUCAAAUGCGACCCCACUCGUUAAUGUUACAUUCAUACAAAUCCCCUACCUUUUGUGAUUUUUGUGGUGAAAUGUUGUUUGGUUUAGUAAGACAAGGCCUUAAAUGUGAAGGCUGUGGCUUGAGCUUUCAUAAGAGAUGCGUCUACAAAAUUCCAAACAACUGUUCCCACGCUCGUCGCAGAAGAUCUUCUACUUAUUUGCACACACCUCAUCAAGCAGAUCAAGUAGGAGUUUCUUUAAGCAUUCCAAAUAUAGCUACAUUUCAGCCACCCUCUCCAAACAGAAACAGAAAAUCUCCUUCUUUACCACCUGGAAGAAUGUUGUUCUCUGAACGAUUAUCAUCUGGAAAAAUGAAAAUUCCUCAUCGAUUUGAAAUCCAUUCUUAUACUAGGCCUACUGUUUGCCAUUAUUGCAAAAAGCUGCUUAAAGGCAUUAUACGACAAGGAAUGCAAUGCAAAGACUGUAAAUUGAAUGUGCAUAAGCGUAAGUGUUUAGAGUGUAUACCUAUAGAUUGUACCGGUGAAGCUCCUAAAGAUAAUUCUGAGAAUGCAAAAAAUAAUGUUAUUGACAAUGAUAAUGAAAGAGUGGAGCACAUAGAUGAAGAAUCAGGUGAAGAGAGUGAUAAUUCCAUCGAAAAAACAUUUGCUAAUCAAGAUCUGCAAGAUGAUGAAUCAAAAAUUCCUGUUCAUGAGGCUUCAAGCAAUAAUAUACCACUGCAAAGAAUUGUUCAAAGUAUAAAACAUACUAAAGGCAAAAAUUAUAAAGUUCUCAAAGAAGGAUGGUUGGUACAUCAUACUAAUAAGGAAGGAAUGAGAAAGAGGCACUUUUGGAGGCUAGAUACCAAAAGUGUUACCCUGUUCCAAAAUGAUACCACAUCAAAGUAUUAUAAGGAAAUACCAUUGUCAGAAAUCUUAUCUGUUGAAAUUUGCAAGCAAAAUAUGUGUUCAGAGCAUAAUCAAGGCUAUUAUCUAGAACUGAGAACUGCAAAUGUAGAUUAUUAUGUCACUGAUGAGAUAAGCAAUUUGAAGGCUUGGGAUCUGUCUAUAAGGCAAGCACUAAUGCCAGUGGAUAUUCCCAAAACAGCUACACAGAACAUUCAUGGAAAUAAAGAACAUUAUAAUGAAGCUGCAGUGAAGAAGGACAAUUCUGAACAAAGUUUGGAUAUCAGCUUGCAAUAUCAGAUUUUUCCUGAUGAAGUUCUAGGUUCUGGUCAAUUUGGGAUUGUGUAUGGAGGAGUACAUAGGACUUCGGGAAGAGCAGUAGCUAUAAAAGUUAUUGACAAAAUGCGAUUUCCUACAAAACAGGAAGCUCAGUUAAAAAAUGAAGUUUCUAUCCUGCAAAAUAUUCAUUACCCUGGAGUUGUUAACUUAGAGAAAAUGUUUGAAACUAUUGAAAGGAUUUUCGUUGUUAUGGAAAAAUUAAAGGGUGACAUGCUAGAAAUGAUUCUAUCUAGUGAAAAAGGGAGGCUGUCUGAAAGAAUAACAAAGUUUUUGAUUUUUCAGAUUUUGAUGGCUUUGAAACACUUACAUUUGAAAUGCAUUGUUCAUUGUGAUUUGAAGCCAGAAAAUGUACUUUUAUCAUCUGAUUCGGAUUUUCCUCAGGUGAAACUCUGUGAUUUUGGCUUUGCUCGCAUUAUAGGUGAAAAAUCAUUCAGACGUUCCGUUGUAGGAACUCCAGCAUAUUUAGCACCUGAAGUACUGAAGAACAAAGGAUAUAAUAGGUCAUUAGAUAUGUGGUCUGUUGGUGUUAUUAUCUAUGUUAGUUUAAGUGGGACAUUCCCUUUUAAUGAAGAAGAGGACAUAAAUGAUCAAAUACAGAAUGCUGCUUUUAUGUACCCACCUAAUCCAUGGAAAGAAAUAUCACCAGAAGCUAUUGAUUUGAUCAGUAAUCUCUUGCAAGUGAAGACCAGAAAAAGAUUUACUGUGGAUAAGUCUUUGUCUCAUACAUGGUUACAGGAUUAUCAAACAUGGUGUGAUCUACGAAGGCUUGAAUCAGAAGUUGGUUCACGUUAUUUGACCCAUCAGUCAGACGACGCUCGCUGGGAAGCUUAUCGAAAAUUACACAACCUCGAGCCUCCACCUCCAGUACCAGCAGAUACAGAUGAAAACUUGAUGACUUUUGACAUGCCCCUUGAACCUAUUAGAAGUAGUUCUGGUAUUUUUGGUAGAGUUAGAUUGUGAAAAAUAUUUAUUUAAACAAACAUUUUAACCGGUAAAAACAUUCCAAUGCAACAUAGAUUAUAUAAUCUUGUGCUUCCAUUUAUUAUUUUAGAAGAGAGCAGCUUUAGCUACAAUAUACAGUUGUUGAAAUCUUUACUCUUGUUGAAGAAUCUUUUACUAAAUCAUCAGCUUUACUACUAAAUAUCAUUCCAGUGAUGCAUGUGCCAAGAUUUUAAACUUUUAACACACAAUUUGCAUUAUCAUUAAAAAUUCAUAAUAUAUUGCCCAUUAAAAAUCUCAUUUUUCCCAAUUAUGAAUUGUACAUAAAAGAUCUAAUCAUUAUUUUUAAAUGCAUUUUAAAUUUCAAAAAUAAGAAAUAUAUUCCAUGUGUCACUGUUAUAUAUUUAAUCAGAAUUAUUUUGUAUGUAAGACUAUUAAAUAUUUAUUGUUUUA